CAUUUCACAUGCUGCAGCUCCUGUUCAAUAACACUGCACACUGUUACGAGAUGAGACGUGGGAGAACGACUUAAAAGCACGAGUAUUUCUGAAGAGAGCUUUGGUAGGAGGCUGUGGGAGGAUGUCGCCGCUGCUGAGGCUUCUCUCGGCGGUCGCUCUGCCCUUCCACAGAGUAGGAGUAGCCCGGGGAUUCCACUGUGCCGCAGCCGCGAGACUACUCUCCUCUGUCGGAUUCAGGAGUAGCGUUGCCCGGAACUUGUGUCUGAAUCGUGCUGACUUCCUGUCCCGCCACAGACUUCCUUUUGCACAGAGAAGACUAUACUCCACAGACCCCAAAGAUGGGAAGCCAAGUGGGGCCCCAGGAGGAGGAGCAGGAGGAUCAGGUGGAGGUCGAGGAAAGAAAGGGGGAGGAGGGAAGGACUGGUGGAGCCGAAUGCAAAAGGGUGACUUUCCGUGGGAUGAGAAGGACUUCCGUUACAUGGCCAUCACUGUGGCUGGGGUCAGUUCUGCUCUGCUCUAUUUCUACUUCAGAGACAGCGGCCGAGAGAUCAGCUGGAAGGACUUUGUACAUCGCUAUCUGGGCAGAGGACUGGUGGAGCGAUUAGAAGUUGUAAAUAAACAAUAUGUCAGGGUAAUUUUGAUACCAGGAGCUGACACUGACACGAAUUAUGUAUGGUUCAACAUUGGGAGUGUGGAUACGUUUGAGAGGAACCUGGAGGCAGCUCAUUCUGGACUGGGCUUAGAACCAUCACACCGGCCUGCUGUGGUCUAUAGCACAGAGAGCGAUGGGUCAUUUCUAAUAAGCAUGGUCCCCACGCUGUUGCUGAUUGGCUUCCUGCUCUUCACUCUACGGCGAGGACCAAUGGGGGGAGGCCCUGGUGUUGGGAGGGGUGGACCUUUCAGCAUGAGUGAGUCUACAGCUAAAAUGUUGAAGGAUAACAUAGAUGUGAAGUUCAAAGAUGUGGCUGGGUGUGAGGAGGCCAAGCUGGAGAUCCUGGAGUUUGUCAACUUCCUGAAGAACCCACAGCAGUACCAGGACCUGGGAGCCAAGAUCCCCAAGGGUGCAGUGCUGUCUGGUCCUCCUGGGACUGGAAAGACUCUCUUGGCCAAAGCCACUGCCGGAGAGGCCAAUGUCCCUUUUAUCACCGUCAACGGAUCUGAGUUUCUGGAGAUGUUUGUGGGAGUGGGACCAGCCAGGGUGAGAGACAUGUUUGCAAUGGCCAGGAAGAAUGCUCCCUGUAUCCUGUUCAUUGAUGAGAUUGACGCUGUUGGGAGGAAGAGAGGAGGAGGAAACUUUGGAGGUCAGAGUGAACAAGAGAACACUCUGAACCAGCUACUCGUGGAGAUGGAUGGCUUCAACACAGCUACAAACGUGGUGGUCCUGGCUGGCACUAACCGCCCGGACAUUCUGGAUCCGGCUCUGAUGAGGCCGGGACGCUUCGACAGGCAGAUCUUCAUUGGACCUCCAGACAUCAAGGGAAGAGCGUCCAUUUUCAAAGUCCACCUGCGGCCAAUCAAACUGGACCCCAGUCUUGACAAGGACGCCCUCGCCAGGAAGAUGGCUGCAGCUACGCCAGGCUUCACAGGAGCCGAUAUCGCUAAUGUCUGUAAUGAGGCUGCACUGAUAGCUGCCAGACAUCUGAACCCAGCGGUCAAUGGCAAACACUUUGAACAAGCCAUUGACCGAGUUAUAGGAGGUCUAGAAAAGAAAACUCAGGUGCUGCAGCCCACAGAGAAGAAGACUGUGGCGUAUCAUGAGGCGGGCCAUGCCAUUGUGGGCUGGUUUUUAGAGCACGCUGACCCUCUGCUCAAGGUGUCGAUCAUCCCGCGGGGUAAAGGCCUAGGCUACGCUCAGUACUUGCCCCGGGAGCAGUACCUGUACAGUAAGGAGCAGCUGUUUGACCGCAUGUGUAUGAUGCUGGGGGGGCGUGUGGCAGAGCAGGUUUUCUUUGAGAGAGUCACCACAGGAGCUCAGGAUGACCUCAAAAAGGUCACACAGUCUGCAUAUGCACAGAUAGUGCAGUUUGGGAUGAGUGAGAAGGUGGGCCAGUUGUCUUUUGAUCUUCCUCGUCAGGGUGAGAUGGUCCUGGAGAAGCCUUACAGCGAGGCCACAGCCGAGCUGAUCGACCAGGAGGUACGGGAGCUGGUGGACCGCGCCUACCAGCGCACGCUCCAGCUCAUCCAGGACAAGAAGGACAUGGUGGAGAUGGUUGGGAAGCGUCUUUUGGAGAAGGAGGUGCUGGACAAAGCGGACAUGGUAGAACUGUUGGGUCCACGUCCCUUUGAGGAGAAGUCCACUUAUGAGGAGUUUGUUGAAGGGACUGGUAGCUUUGAGGAGGACACAACAUUACCUGAGGGUCUAAGGGACUGGAACCAGGAGAGAGGAGCCACAGAGGAGAGCGAGGAGAGCAGCCAAAAACAACAGGCUGUAUAACGUGGACAAACACAUAUCACUCAAGUAUACAGUACUCUGCCCAGAGCCUGGGGAUGUCAGGAAGUACUCUGCUUAUUGUGUGUUAAGGCUAUGCUUUUCAAUUUCAUGUGUCAUUUAUCAUGUUGUAUCAUAUGCAACCAUUUUGAAAGAUAGGCUUUAUUUAUAUAUACACAAUACCACAGAUUGAGAUUGGAAACCUUAAUAGCCACUGCAUUAUAGAAUUAUUCUGAGGGUAUUAUUUGAAAAUUUAAUUAUGCAUUUUAAAGGUGCACUCACGUGCUGGUCUCCAUGGAGAUGUCAUUGCUUUAACCGGACCGUUCCACAUUAAGACUUUAAACUUUUCUAGUUCCAUAGAGAAUCGACUGACACCACCAGGCCAAGCCCCCUCACAGUAAGAAUGGAUUUCUUUUAAACCGUCACAAUCGCCAUACUAUGGAUAACAUCUAUAUGGAGACAAGCAAUUGGCAUAACUGCCAUUAGAAAAGUUACAUAGUGCACCUUUUUAAAAAAAGCACAUCUUCUUGAUUAUCGGUGUAUCAGUUAAUCUAUAUCGGCUCAUAUUUCUUAGCCCACAGUGCAGUAUUAAAAUGCAUAAUGUUACAAAUAUAUAAACCAGGUAGCCAAAUCAACAAUAAAACAUUUUGAUACAAACUUCUAUACGAUUUUGUCCUGAUGUCAGCCAGGCUCUCCACCCCAAUACUUCACCUGAGGUGCACAAAUGCCUUAAACAAAUCAACCAACAGCAAUGUCCUGUUUUAAAUUUCUCACAAUGAUGUUGUGAAUGAACUGAAUUCCUUUAUUUUUUUUGUAUUUAUUUUAUAUAAAGUAAAUAUUUGAAUCAUGCAGUCCACGUGACUGCAGAAGUAUUUUUACAAAGUGGAUUUUAGUGGCGUUUUAUCGCGGCUACAGUUUCCCAUGUGAUUCGUCCACACUGGUUUGGAGCUCCAUUUUAUGUUGUCCGUUUCUGUGAUGAAGAAGCUGCUAAACAUCACCACAGUUUUGACUGAUAUAAAAUGUUACUUGAGCCCUAAAUGU